UAACCAAUCCAAAUGCGUGGGAGCUACAUGCCUGCAUUAUUUAAAGUUUCAUUUGGUUAAGAGACCAUGAAAAAGCUGCUUUAGCGAUCACGCAAUAGUUGCCGUCUUCCUUUUUCUUUUCAAACGAAGCGGAACUUAAUUUACACACCGGCCUCAAUCUUUUUGGUAAGAACUGUUUCGAACGGAGAAUGGAAUUAAGGCGUCAUCAGUCAGUCUUGACUGAAACUUCCAAACGAGCCCUUGCAACGAACAAGGGCCAAUCAGAGACUUUGAAGUCUACAUUUGGAACACUUGAGAGUGACUUUAAAGCAAAAUGCCACAUAGUGAACGCCGAGCAAGCGAGGUUUGUUCGUAUGAUAAAGACGAAGCUUCCAGCGAUUAAGGUGGCUUACAAUGAUGAAACUGGAUCGACUCGUCGCCAGUUUUCUCCAUCCUCAACGCCCCCUAUCUCUCCACCGCUUGAAAGGAAAACGUCAGGUCUACCGUUUCUGAAUCAAGGGCAUACGCCUCUUGCUCGCCGAAGAUCCCGAUCGUUCUCAGACUUGGUAGAAGCAGUUAAAGAACAAGAAAAACUAGCGCUGGAGAAGAUGACUCGACAUAAAUCUGCUGAACAUCUUCAAGAAAACGAAGGAGGAAAAGAGCAAAGAAUGAGCAUUGGAAAUCGGCCAAGGAGUCACUCAAACAUUGACCAGUCAUGGGACUUUUACGCCGCUAAACAGGGCGAAGACGGCAGCAAAUGCUUACAUCUAAGUUUACCCCGUAGACAGAAAUCAGAUGAACAUAUUCGAUUAAUGGCGGGUGAAAACGAACACAGGAAAGUUGUGGGGAAUCGACCAAGAAGUCUCUCGAAUAUAGAACAGGCACGGAACUUCAACGUUGACAAACAUGAACUAGAAAGUAGAAAACGUUAUGUAAGUUUACCCGUUCGAAAGCAGUCAGCACCGAUUUCUCCGGUGCUUACUUUGAAAUCGCACACGUACACGCCCGCUGAAACUCGCGAGUUAACAAACAAGAAACCGCUUUCUAAACAACUGGAAGAUGUAAAAGAUUUACGGUAUUUAAGAUCUGGAAAGUACUCAAGCGAGACCAUGGACAUGAAUUCGAACAUGAGCAAUGAUUCACCUGAAUGGUAAUGAUCGUACAAGCAUGUCACAAUUACAAAUAAACAAUGAAAUUAGUGAACUGCUUUGUAUCUUAAACAAAUGUUAGUGUGUUUAACUGACUGUAUAAAGCGUUUGCACUUUUUUUUUUAAAUUAUCAUAACGUGUUUCUUUUAGAUCGAAGAGUAAUUUAAGAUUGAUUGUCUAAACAAAAGAAAAGGGAUUAUUUUAAAGGUUUAUUGCUUGUAUAUACAUAUAUUGUUUAACAGUUACGUCAAACGAAACAGUGUCGGCAUUCGACGAGAAAAGCGGAAAUUGACUUUUUAAGACAAUGAAAAUCGAAACGUACUCCUAAACAGGUUUCAUUUGAAAAGUCAAAGGAUUUUGUCCGGAGACUCAACAGUUAGAAAACUGCUUUCAGAUCUCAACAACUAAUUGUAGUGGAGAGGGUUAACUUUUUAAAUCCUAUUAAGAAGAGUGCACAGAUAGACAAUAAAGGUUAGUGCGUAAUUAAUGGUAUUGGAGUGAAUCCAAAGACUGAUCUGGACUCGAAACAUUUCUGGCGCACGCAAUGGGCUAACGGUGGAAUUCUUUGACAAUGAUGUAUCAUUUGAACAAACCUAUCGACCUCUUAGUUUGCAACGCAAGUUCUGUACAAACUGAGUUCAAUUUAUACAAAAACGAAG